AUGUCUCGUGAACGAGCAAACGAGUUGCAAGACCAAGCUAAUCAAGCAGAGGUCUCUGGUGACUACCAAAAGGCGCUUGAACUUCAAACUGAGCACGCAGCAAUUAUUCCGACGCUAAUCACGAAUGGAGAGCCAAGGUCAGACCAGGGCAGAAGAGACAAGAGGCGAUUAGAGGCUACGAGGGAGCGUAUAGAAGUACUCCGAACUUUUGUACAGAAGAGAAAGGGCCCAGCUCCCAAGCCACUUCCCUCUAGGGCGACAAUUGCGAAGGAGAUGAGGGAGCCCCCAGCUGGGACCGUCCUUUUGA